AUGGACCACCUUCCCCUCCUAGAAGAACUGAAAAAUGAUAUGCAAUUGCUAAUUGUGGAGACAAAGAAAAGAAAUGUAUGUAUAAAGGAAAAGACAGAAAUAUGUAUUAUAAAAAUUAAAAACUACAAUAGCAUAAUAAAAUCGAAUAAAAACCAGUUAUUGAGUAAUUUUGAAUUUCCCAUGGAUGAAAUAAUUGAUAUUAUAAAUAUAGGAGUUCAUGUCAAUAGCCAUAAAAUAUCAAGUAUUUGCUUGUUAAUCAUUCAGAGAGUUGUAUUUUACAUAUUAUACCUAAUAGAUAAUAAAGACGUAAUACAGAAUUUUAAAUACAUAAAUGUAGAAAAACAAAUUGAAAAAAUUACGAACAAAUUAUUCGAUUUGACGUUCGUUGAAGAUAAAAAGGUUUUAAUUAAAAUAGUACAAAUAAUAUUAACUGCAUUUUCUCCUCAGUACAUUGAAUAUUGUGAUAAAAAUAUUAUUAACACAUUACUUAAAAUUUUAUAUUCCGUUUAUUAUUCGUCACUAUAUGACAAUAAUACUAUUUUAUAUCAAACGUGUUGUGCUGCUUACAAACAGUUGCUUAAUUCUCUCAUUGAUGUAUGUAACAAGGAGAGCAUAAUUAAUUCAACUGUAUGUUCAAGCACAAAGAUUUCUAACUAUAAAUUAGAAAAAAAUGAGAAAAAUAAAACAAAUCAGAAUUGUCACAUUGGAAAUAAUGAUUAUAACCAUGCUGAUGAGGACCAUUCAAGCGAAGUGCAGCACCUCUAUUUUGAAAAUUUUGAUUUGCAAUAUGAUACUAACAGUCCGAUAGAUCUUAUCUACAUAACUGAUGUAAAAGACCAGAGUUAUAUGCAAAAUAAGAACAAACUUCUUUCCCUAAUUCAUUAUCUUUGUUAUUGUUGUUUUGUAAAUAUUCGAUUAAAAUAUAGUACCGAUGAUGUUUAUGUCUCCUAUACGUGUGGAAACACAAGGGAAGAAAAACAAAAGGGGAAAAGAUACCACAACAACAACCCUGAUCAUGUAAAAGCGCAUAUAAAAAGCGAAACAUAUAGAGAGGAAAAACGAAAAGAUUAUUUUAAUAAUUCCGUUAAUGUUAUUUCUGAACGAAGGAAUAAUUCAAAUAUAUUCCAAAGUAGCGAACCAAUCAUUGAAACAUCAUCAACAUCAACAAGAAAAAAUCAUGACAAAAUGAAUAGACACAAUUCAUCGAGAAGUAGUAGCAACAAUAUUGCCCACUUCGAACAAAAUAACGAUAAAACUUCUACACACACUCUAGAUCCGAGUUAUUCGGAAAAUACACGACAUAUGGAUAAAACCAACAGCGAUGUUACUGUAGAAGAAAAAAUAAAUGCGUACGAAGAGCAAUCCUAUAAAAAAAGGAAUUCUACUAAAAAUGAAAAUUUAUACACAUACACUGUAAAAAAUUAUAAUAUUAAAAAAUUUUUGAAAAUUUUAAAAAGUACAAAUCCAAAAAAUCAAACGGAUAACAUGAAUAACUAUGAGAGUAAUGAAAAUAUUAAUGCAGAUUCUUGUGAUAAAAAAACAGACAUACUAUCGAAUUACAACAAGAAUAAUUUAAUUUUGCCCCUGAAUUUUUGUCUAGACCUAUUGUAUAUUUUUUUAAAUAAUUAUGAAUUCUUUUUACAAAAUUUCGAGUUUUUCAAAUUAUUAAAAUUCGAAAUUGUGUACAUAAUAUUGAUAUCAUUAAAAUAUAAUUUACAUACAGAUGUCUUUUAUCGAUGUUUAAAAAUUUUUAAGAUAAUUUGUCAUAAAUAUUUUCAGUAUUUUUUAGGUGAAAUUAAAUUCCUCUUCUUAAUUUUAAUUGAGUAUUUAUGCUUGACGCAACCAUUUUCCAAAUUGUUUAUUGUUUUAAAUUUUUUUUUCUACUUGUUUGAUAAUACCUUGACUCUUUUUCAUUUGUAUAAAUAUUUCUGCUAUGGGAAGGGGUGUAAAAUCAAGAGCCCCUUCUCCCCAUCAGGGUUAGGUUCGCACGGGAGGAUGAAUUCAGUGAAGGAACCAGAACUGAUGAAGAAAGAUGUAGAGAAGGAACAAGAGCUGACGAAGAAGGAUGCAGAGAAGGAACCUGAUAUGAUGAAGAAAUGUGUAGAGAAGGAACCCGAUGUGGAUAACUCCUUGGUGAACUCCCCUGUGAUGGACGCAUCUAUGACAAAAGACACUGAUGGAUCAAAAAAAAAAAAGAAAAAAAAAAAAAAAACGAAGAGGCACAACAUUUUAGAAGACGAAAAUGGUGCUAUUCUAGAACAGAAUUGCCCCAUCGAAAAAUCGAUUAGUGAUAAAGAAAGUAAUUUAGGAAGUAAUAAGUUCGAUGCUGCAAGUCAGAAGAACAAGGCUAGAGAUGACAUUAUCAACGAAAUUGAUACAAUAAAUUAUGAGGAGGCCUAUGAUGUAGAGAAAAUAUUGAACAAGGAUAAAAUAAACCAUUGGGGAGUUGAGCCCCUACAAAAGAGAAAUUGCGGGCAGAAUGAAGAUGGUAAGCAGAAGGAGGAGAAGAAGAAAAAGAAAAAGGGAAGGAAAAAUUUAAAGGCACAGAGAGAAUGUCAUAGUGACGACAAUAACUUAGUGUUCAUUAAGAUUGUUGAAUACAUUAGCAAAAUUAUACACGAAUUGUUAUUUUUACACUCAAUAGAUAUAACAAAAAUGUACAUCCAUUUGAAGGUGUUUAAAUAUGAUAGAAUAUAUGUUGGAGAAAAGAAAAAUGAUCAAAUUAUUGGUAAGGGUCGAAGCAAAUAUAGUACUACCAUUGUCCUAGGUGAAAGGAAAGGUGAGCAUCAAAGGGAUCCCGAAGAGGAGAAGGGACAUGACAAAGAUAAAAUAAAAUAUGCUGGAAAAAACCAAUACGAGACAAUUGAAACAAAAAAACAAAAUUAUAUAGAACAUAAACAUGGGGAAAAAGUCCAAGUUAAUGAAAUUGAAAUGACCAAAGGAAGAAAAAAGGAAGAAGAACAUAUAAUGCAAUUUCGUAACUUUUUUUGUUACCCUAUAAUUUUACCAAAUAAUUGUAUAAACCCUAGAGAAAAUUUUUAUUUAUUCAAAUAUUCAGCGGAAAAGAAAGUAAAUAAAAUAGUAUUUGAUGAGUUAUGCUAUAAAGACACUGAUGAAAUACGUUUGCUUGCAUCGGCUGUUGACAAUAUUUUAUCUCUUGUAAAUUCUUUUUAUGUAAUUUUUUUAAACAUAUUAAAAAUGUCUCUAAAUCAGUAUUGCUUUGCAACCAUAGAUUUGAAUGAUGAAAAUGUUUUACUUUUAGAACAUUCAUUCCCAUAUCAUAGAAGUAGCUUUGAAAAUGGAAAUGCAAGAGAAGCAUUUAUGGCACCAUAUUACAGUAACGAACAGGGAUGUGAUCCCCAGUCGAUCCAAUCUUCACGACACACCUGUAGCAAUAAUGGUGAUCACGCCAAUUUCGAUUAUGAACUGGAAAGAAGAAUAGAAUAUUAUAAUAAUAAUUCAUUUCAUGGUAAUACCAAUUGUGAAAAAAAAAGUAGCAAUAAUGCGUAUAGCACUGUGCACAACAACAUACAAAGCAAUGUAAACAGUUACAAUACCUUAUUUAAUCCUGGGGAAUGUGUUCACAAACAUGAAAAAAGUGAAAAGAGGAGGGACCAUAACCAUAAUGACGCGGAUAAAAAUAACUGUUACGAUGACAGCAUAUCUAUUUUUUGUAAAGUGUUUAAUUCAACGUGUAGAUAUUUCAUAUCGUCAUUAUGCUUAAUCUUUUCUUAUACCAACACAUUAGAUUCGUGUUUCUUCAGUGGGUUUCAGAAACUAAUUUUUAUUAGUACCCAUUUAAAAAUAAAUAUUUGUACAGAUGCAUGUUUGCAGACCUUAACCAAAUGCAGCAGUAUAUUUACUUUAGAAAACUCUCCUUUUUUUUUAAAAAUCCUUAGAAAUUUUGAAAAACAAGAAAAUAAAUAUGAAAACAAUUCUAGUUCAAAGAAGAAUAAAACAGGUAUAAAAACAAUGCAUAAGGAUCCUGCUGUAUAUUCUACUUGUGAAAGUAAAACUUCAUAUUUUAAAAGGAAGGAAAUUAACUCGAACGAUAGCAAUAUUGGCUCUAUGAUGGACGCGCAAAAUGACGCAAUUAAUACCAUACAUAAUAUUAGGAAAUCAUCCAAAUUAGAAAGUAAUGUAAUUAUACAAACCAAAAAUAUCGAAGAUUUAAAUAAAUGUAAUAUUAAAGAUAGGACAAUUCCCAUACAGUGGUCAAGUGAAAGUGAUGAUAAUUUGGAAGAGACAAGUGUGAAUGAAGACAUAAUAAAUCAUGAAAGAAUAGUGAAUAUACAGAAUAAGCAGAAUAUGGAUGAACCAGAUUACACCGAUUCUGGAAAUGCCUUAAAAACUGAAAAGAUUGUACUUCAUUCUGAAAAUAAUUUUUACACCAUAGAAAAUGGCAUAAAUAUAAAAGGUAAUGUCAUUAAUAUGUAUAAUAGAAGUAACACCAAUAUUAAUGGUGAAUCAUACAAUAAAAAUUAUACCUACAAUGACAUAUAUGAUGUUGCAAAAAAUGUUUUUGCAGUCGAUGAAUAUUCAUAUAAAAGUAAACAAAAUAGCAAAACGAACGAUACUGAAAAUCAAUUCAUGGAUGUAUUGCUCUCUAAAAGAACAAGUAUAGAAAGUGCUGAGUCCAAUUUUGUUUGCUACAAAUCAACAUUAAAUGAGGAUUUACUAAAAUAUUUUGACAAAAUCAUCGGUAUUAUUUUAAAAGAAUCUUAUUAUAUAAACAACGAUUUGAACAACAUAAAAUACAUUUUGUCUAUAAAAGCUGUAAUUAGCAUAUUUUUUAUAUAUGGGGACAACUUACAUUUUGAUAAUUGGCUAAAGAUGAUAAACCUGCUCGUUGAAAUUAAUUAUAUAUAUAAAUAUAUAUCAUCCAUAGAAAAUAAAACUAUUGAAUUUUUAAAUUUUUUGCAUUACAUUAACAAGAAUGAGGAAGAUUUUAUUUUUUCUCUGAGUAAAAGUUUAAUAGACACAGAUAAAAAUACAUAUAUACAAAAUGUAAAUUCGAAAAGUGUAGAAUUCUGUUAUUUCAUAUUAAGAUUUAUUCAGAAAAAUCCAGUAUUAUGUGCAGAAAUUACUAUAAUAUUUUCUUCAUUCCCCUAUUUUUUUAAAAAUACAACAUUUUACAAUAUAUCCACGUUAAUUAACAUUUUGAAUUCUAUUCAUUUUAUGAUAUUUAAUCAGUUUUUUAAGCAGAAAGAACUGAGAUCAAAAAUACCAUCUUCCAUGUUAUGUCAUAAGAAUAAAGGAUCAACAGAUUACUACAUUUGUCCUGUCUUACACGAAGGUAAGAACAAAUCUCUAAGAGGAAAAAAUGGAACGAGAGAUGGAAAGACAUUAGAUAUAACUGAUGGGGUCAAUGAAGGGUCCUAUGGUAUUCUGAAAAAUUCUAAGGAUAUACAUCCUGUGCCUUUGAAUAUCCAUAUGAGUAAUAACACUACGAACAACAAUGAUAAUGGGAAUAAUGUAAACAUUAGAACGGCUGGUUUAGGUACGGCCCCACUUGAUAGUUCCAUGUAUAUAAGCAAUUCAGAUGAAAGGGAAAAAAAGGAAUUGUGCAACACUAGUAAUAUUCACCAGAACAUGAAAUUUAACAAAUUAAAUAGAAAGAAGAAUGUAAUCGAAAAAUACGUAGAAUUUUUGCAAAAUAAUGAUAAUAUUUUUGAAAUAUUUUAUUAUUAUCUGUCCCAUUUUGAUCCAAUGUAUACUUCAUAUUUCUGUUUCUACUCCAAUCUUUUCUUUUUAACAAAAGAAGCAAAAAUGAAUUGGGUGUGUAAUGAAGAAGCAGACGAUAAAGAUAUCAUGGAAAAGCAACCUAAUAGAAAAUCAAUUAAAGAAAAAUGCAUAAAUUACCAAAAGGAGAAUUUAUUAAGCUAUGAGAAGAGUUGGACGGAGAAAACAAAUUACAAAUAUUACAACAGUGUAACGAAUGAAUGUAACUACUUUAUCGUUUUUAAGAAAUUAGAAAAGUUUUGCAUUUUCGAAGAUUUUUAUCCAUUACAUAUGAUAGAAAUGUUAUGUAUUAUUAAUAUUAACAAAAUAACAGACAUUUAUAAUAAUUGUUGUAUGAAUAUAUUACUUCUCUCCUUGUGUAAAAAUAAUGAUAUUCAAAAAAAAAGCAUAGACACAUUAUUCAAUAUUAUAAAAGAGUCAGUUAUAUAUUAUAAGUACAAUUUUGAAAUUCAAUUUUUAUUAUUUAAGCCCUUCUUCUUUUUUAUAGUAAACCCCUAUGUAAGUUAUAGAUCAUAUUUCAUUACCUCCUUUUUAAAUUUUAUUAGAAAAAAUGCUUCUUUUUUUAAUAGAAACAUGUGGUUAUUUAUUAUUUUCCUUUUGUAUGUAUCAUUUCAAAAAGAAUUAAAAAGGAAAACUUUAAAAAAUAUUAGCGAAGAAGGAGAAAACCAGCAAAUAAUGGAGGAAAACAUAUCAAAUAUUAACAACAUUUUUAACAUAUUGGAGAUUAUAAUUGUAGAUUACAUUGAGGAAAUACCUGUUUGUAAAAUAAUGGAGAUCAUAAUUCACAUGCUUAUAUUAUUUUCAUCUCUAAGUAUUUUGGGCAACAACAUAUCUUUUAGGGCCAUCAAUUUUUCAUGGUCCAUUGUUGAUUAUAUUGUCGGGUGCUCCCAUUUGCUGAAGGAGCAUACAAAAACGAAAAAAAGUGAAAGUGACCAUGGCAGUAUUAAUGACAAGGAAAAGUUCAAUAGUAACCUUAAUUCUACGGGGCAAGACAAAAAAUGUCAGCACAAAAACGAUAUGAACAAAGGAGGAAAUAAUAAACUUCUACUCACUUGUUUUAUAGAAAAUAAAAAAAUGUAUAUAUACCAAAAGGAAAUUAAGAUGAAGAAUAUAAAAAUGAAAAGCUUUUUUAUUUUCAUUUUAAAUCAUCUUAUGAAGCUUUGUUUCGAUGAAAGAAUAGAGGUCAGAAAUUGUAGCAUUAAAACAAUUAUUAGCAUUCUCUCAACACAUAUAUGUAAAUUCGAUUUUUUCUUUUAUAAAACUUCAAUAUGUUUAUUGCUUAAGCGGUUAAGUAUCAAAUAUUAUUGUAAGUUAUUGGAAUAUUUCAAGAUAGAAUGUAAAAAUGAGAACCUAGCCAAAGAUGAAGAGCAAGACGAGAACAGGUCUGACAAAAGUCCCCCAAUGAUCAUCAUAAAUAAUCUGGGAGAACGUCAAACACGUAAUGAGAUGGAAGAUUAUACUAUCAACAAUCAUACCAAAGUUGAAAAGACUGAUCCGAUGAAUGAUCUAAGGAAUGAUCCGGAGAAUUAUCUCAAGAAUGAUGAUACGAAUAUGGAUGCUCAAUUCUUCAAUCACACCGGAGAGAGCAAAAUGCAUGGAAGAGUCAUUACAGGCAAAGAUGAAAAGGAAAAGGGUGAAGUAAGUAGAUCUCUCCUGAAAAGUGAAGAAAAUGAUAUAACUCACGGAAGUAAACAAUUGCAAAUGCAAGAUAAAGUAGAAAAUGAAAAAAUGACCUUGAGGAUGCAGUUUAGGAAUAGUUUUUCAAAUCUGACAGAAGAUUUGGAAGAACAUGUCAUAAAAAAGAAAAUAAAAAAGAGAGAAAAAAAAAAUGCAAAACAUCUAAAUUUAUUACAGGAAAUUGAAAAAAUUAUGAUGAUUCCCAACAGCAACAGUAACAAUAAUGGAAACGCUGCUAGUUUAGAACCAGAAAAGAAUUGCGAUUUGUACGAUUAUGUUAAUGAAAAUUUUAGUAAAAUUAUUAUUCACCAUUCAAGGGAUAGCAAACUAAAACAAUGGAUUGAAACUUUUAUUUUAAUAAUAGAAGGAUGCAAUAGAAUACUAUUAGAACAGAAAAAUUACAGAAAAGUUUAUGCUUUUUAUGAUAUGUUUGUCAAUAUAUUAAAGACCAUAUUAUUUAUGGGGUAUAAAAAUAAGAACAUGUUUGAGUUACAUAUAUCCAUAUUACAAAUUUUGAAUAAUAUUUUUAUGUCACAGUUUACCUAUUAUGAUGUUUGUUAUUUCACGAUGAAAAAUUCGCUCAUUAACAGAAAUAGAUGCACUGAUAUAAACUUAUUCGAUAUGUGUCUUUUUUAUAUUUACAAUUAUGCAUAUUCUACUGAUGAUCCGAAAAUUAAAGAUUCCAUAUUGAAACUCACCUUGGAAAAUUUGAAAAAUAUUCAUUGUUACAAAUGGACAUAUGUACAUACCUUGAUGUAUUUUCAUUUGUUUCAUUUGCUAUUUACUACUAUUGUGGAAUCUCUUCCAUGCCCAGGGGAAAAAAAAACAUACUUUUUUUUGAACCACGAUUCUAUUUUGAACAAACUCUUUUUCGAUUAUUUUAUUAGAACCCAAGACGAGGUAAUCACCAACCAUUUGGAUGUGUCCAAAUGUAAGAAUUCAAGUGUGCAGGAUGGAUCAAGUGUAGCAUCUGGUAUAAAAAAUGAGCUUCAAGAGGAAACAAAAAAAGAGCUUCAAGAGGAAACAAAAAAUGAGCUUCAAGAGGAAACAAAAAAAGAGCUUCAAGAGGAAACAAAAAAUGAGUUUCAAAAGGAAACCAAAAAUGUCCAAGAUCUAAACACCGAAAAAGAUUUAUCCUUUAUAAACAGACAUUUCACUUUUGAAUAUCAAAGAAAUCAAGUGUCAGAUGAUCCACUAAAUAUUUACAAUAUACUAGAAAAUAAUAAAAAUGUGUAUAUUUCAGAAAGACAUGGAGUGUCUUUAAAUUUGAAGAAUAAGAAUAUAUAUGAAAUUUAUUUAAAUGGGAACAAUAAUAGUGAAAUUUUUACAAUUAUGAUGGAUAUAUUUCAAACAUUAGAAUGUGACAAAAUAAAUAUUCUAAUAAAUGACGAACUUUUGAAAUGUGUGAAAUAUUUACAACUUAAUCUGUCUGGGAGUGAAAUGAAUAAAUCCAUUUUUACCAAAUUAGUACAUUUCCUUUUUAAUGAUCAAAUACUAUUUAAUGAAAAUUCAGAUGAAAUAAUAGAAAAGAUAGAAUUAAAUGAUACAUAUAAUAAACUCGAAAUGGAGAUAAACAUAAAAGAAUUAAAUGAAGAAAACAAAGAAUGUAGUAGAUUAUUUACACUAAAUUAUAAAAAAAUAUACCCAUUAAAUAAUUAUAUAGAGUAUUUUCAAACAUUUUCAAUAGGAUUAUUUAAUUAUUUUAUCCCCUUUUUGAUAUAUUAUAUUCACAAUAAAUUCAAUUUAUAUCCUAAUUAUAAUACCAAUGUAGUUUUUUCUAUAAUCCUUUGUAAUUUCAUUAGAAAUGAAUAUUACAGUAUAUUCUCUCAGAAUGAAAAUUAUUCCCUUCUCCUUUCUUUUGUUAAUAUGUUUCCGUAUAUUAUAGCAUCCCAUGUUAAAUGCUUUUUACAUAAUAUAAAUAAUAAUUCGUGUUUUGUAUUUUACGAAAGUAUUAUUAUAUUAUUAAAAAUUACCUAUAAUAUGCUUCAAAAAUCUGGCAAUAUGUCAAAGGAAAAUUUAUUAAAGUAUUGGUAUGCAAUUAUUUUCUCCGUCGAAAAAAUACUCUUCGUUAAUUGUAACAAUGACAAAAUUGAUAUGUUGGACAUAAUGCUCAUAAAGUUCAUACGAAACCAUUACUUAAUAGAAAAUUCCAAGGCUCCUCUAUUUAUAAAAAUCUACUUGACGAAGAUUAUAAGUGAACUUAAUGACAAAAAAAGAAGAGCUUUUUCUAGCUGGACUCUACAAAUAUUAUUUGAGGAAUAUGAAAAGAUGACCAAGGAAAAUUACAACGAUAAUUAUUACACAACUUUUAUAACAUUAAUCAUGUUAAAGAAAUGUGUUUUGACCUUGAGGAAUUUUUCUAGUGAAAAUAAUGAAAAUGCAGACGAAGUUUUAUUUAUUUUAGAUGAAAUGAAAAAAUUGAAGUGCAACUACUCCUACAUAUGCACGAACAGCAGUUCAACGUUAAAAUGCCUAGAGGAUAAAGCACAUCUGUUUAUUUGUUACCCCUAUUUGCUGAAUUGCCUAAACACGGAAAAUACGAAAGUUUUCACCUCAGUUAAAGAAUCGUUAAAACUUAUAUCAUAUCCAUUAUGUUUUAACAGUUUUAGUAAUAAGGAGGAAAAUAUUGAAUAA